AUGGAAUUCCAAAACACUCAGCCGAAGUCAGACGUAAGUGACACGGAGCAAGUUUCUGGUAACAAACAAGGAGAUGGGAUAUACGAGCAGCCGGCAGAAUUCAAAGAUGAACGAAUAGAGGGUAAACAGCCAAAGCAAAACAACUGGCUUCUGAAAUGCUUCAUGGCUCUGAUACUGUUUGUGGUUCUAAUGUUUCUGACUUUGUCUGCAUUCAAUGAAACAAAUGAGAUCAAGGAUCAGGAGACUGACGCGAGUCGAAUGAAUGAACUUACAGAUGCUUUGGCAAAUAUUUCCAAAAGAAUUGAGACAAUGGAGGCUAGUGUGCAGGAGAAUUCGGCAAAUUUUGCUCGCCUCAAAGAUGAUUGGGUAAAUGUUUCAAGCAGAACAGAGACUGUAGAGACCAAUUUGGACGAAUUUGCGUGCGUGAAUGACGCAGCAUUUGACAAAGUGGGCGCGGAAAUUGUUUUCCAGCGGCGGGAACGAUUCGACAUUUCAUUCUACCGUGGUUUUGAGGAUUAUGAAACAGGUUUUGGAGAAUUUUGCGGUGCUGGAGACUUGUGGCUGGGAUUGAAAAAACUGCAUCAAAAAACCCAAGAUGGAAAAUGGCAUCUUCGAUUGUCAAUGCGCUCCUUCUCGAAUUAUGUAACGUUUUGGAGCGAGUGGACAGACUUCAAGAUCCACUCAGCUCCCCUUUACACGCUAACUUUCGGCCGAAUGGUGGCAAAGAGUGAUACCAUGCAAAACACUACUGGUACAGAUCAUGGACUUGAGGGUCACAAUAGAAUGGCCUUCACAACAUAUGACAGGGACCAGGAUGUGUACGCCGGAAACUGUGCUAUACUUUAUCCAUCUGGCUGGUGGCACAGAGACUGUCACACUGCAAAUUUGAACGGUAUAAAAGCCACGUCAGCUUCAGUAAACUAUGUACAAAUGUCAUUCCGCGAUGGCAAUGGAUGGAAAAUGAUUUCAUGGAGCGAGAUGAAAAUGAUCCGUGUUGCCUGAUUGGAUAGAUGAAGGCUAUAGGAGAAAACUAUACGGAACAAACUUAAGACACUAAAGUAUA